UGGUCAUUUAUUCACAAUGUCAGCCUUGAAAAAGCGCAAGAUCACGGAGAAGCAGCCAGAGACUAAUAGCGAUUCUGAAGCCGAGUCCGUCAGCUCUCGCGGAUCUGCCAAGGAUGAAACGCAAACCUCCGGCGAAGAGCCAGCUCCAGCAAAGUCCUUCAAAGAGUUAGGAAUCAUUGACCAACUAUGCGAGGCUUGCGAGAACAUGGGCUACAAGGCACCGACUCCGAUUCAAUCACAGGCGAUUCCGCUUGCCCUUGAGGGCCGUGAUGUGAUUGGCCUCGCGGAAACAGGAAGUGGAAAGACAGCCGCUUUCGCCCUCCCAAUGCUUCAAGCUCUUAUGGAGGCGCCUCAAACACUCUUUGGUCUCGUUCUAGCCCCCACCCGAGAACUCGCAUACCAGAUAUCUCAAGCUUUUGAAACGCUCGGGUCAACAAUCGGAGUUCGCUGCGCCGUCAUCGUCGGCGGCAUGGACAUGGUAGCGCAAUCCAUCGCCCUUGGCAAAAAACCUCAUAUUAUAGUCGCAACCCCAGGUCGAUUACUAGAUCAUCUAGAGAACACAAAGGGCUUCUCCCUCCGAAAUCUCAAGUAUCUCGCCAUCGACGAAGCCGACAGACUUUUGGACAUGGACUUUGGUGAAUCCCUCGACAAGAUCAUUCGAAUCCUCCCCCGCACCCGCCACACCUACCUUUUCUCCGCGACAAUGAGCACCAAAGUCGAAUCCCUCCAGCGUGCCUCUCUUUCCAACCCCGUCCGCGUCUCUGUUUCCAGCAAAUACCAAACCGUCUCAACCCUUCAAUCAUCCUAUAUCUGUAUUCCCCACAAGCACAAGAAUCUCUACCUCGUCUACCUCCUCAACGAAUUUGCGGGUCAGUCCGCAAUCAUCUUCACGACAACUGUUCACGAAACUCAGCGUGUCGCGUUUAUGCUCCGCGCCUUGGGCUUUGGCGCCAUCCCCCUCCACGGCCAAUUGUCCCAAUCUGCUCGUCUUGGUGCCCUAGGCAAGUUCCGCUCUCGCAGUCGCGAUAUUCUCGUUGCCACUGAUGUCGCUGCUCGAGGUCUUGAUAUCCCGUCCGUUGACGUCGUCUUUAACUUUGACCUCCCCAUGGACAGCAAGACAUAUAUUCAUCGUGUUGGACGUACUGCACGUGCAGGGAAGAGUGGAGUAGCAAUUAGCUUCGUCACACAGUAUGACGUUGAAGUUUGGCUUCGUAUCGAGCAUGCGCUGUCCAAAAAACUGCCGGAGUAUCAGGUUGAGAAGGACGAGGUCAUGGUCAUGUCAGAGCGGGUUGCGGAGGCUUCACGGCAGGCUACUAUUGAGAUGAAGAGCUUUGACGAAAAGAAGGGGGCUAGAGGGAAGAAGUUUGGCAAGGGGAAGCGCUCAAGAGAUGAUAUGGAUCAGGAAGAGGGUUAA